AUGAUUGAAAAAUACAUUCUCCGCGUCACGGCGGGAUCAAGCUACGAUGAAAACACUCACAUUGAGGUCCCGGUGAACGAAUCUGCGCCCGUGCGCAUCAAGAGCAAUGUUGCCGAUGUCGAGCUCAAUGUGCGGAUACAGGAUUACAAGGGACUGCCGUAUGGCUCGCCAUCAACAUCUCCAUACUUUUCCACAGAGCCGCAUGCAAGCAACCAAGACCAGUACAGCAUCUCAUUCCGCUUCACGCCACUCAAUCCGUUGAAGGCAGAGAGUGAAGACUCCACAGAUGAUCUUGCUUUGGGGAUCAGAGCGGCGGAUUUGCAGUUUGGCAAUGACUUUGAUCGCCCUAUCAGGGACAAGCUGCCGCCAGGCUUCAACACGGCCAUGAACAUUGUCAAGUGGUGGAUCGACCCUGGACUCGAGGGCGAUGCCUACGCGGACAAGCCCUAUCUAUAUGGCCCCGCUCUGAGUUCAUUCAAUGUCGUGUCCGUCGGUGCGGGAGUAUUCGACGAGUCAAGAGGCGGCUUGUGGUUCGAGGAGGGAGGAGACGAUAGAGGCAAGAAAGUGCGUGAGGUGAAUGGGGUGCCCAAGGAGAGCAAGCCGAGAAUGAAGUGGGCCUUGUCGGAUUCGAACAAGGAGAAAUGGAUUUGGGAGUAUGGUCGGACGUAUGGCAUCGACUUCUUCAACCCGUACCUCGAUUUUGCGAAUUUGUCUCUGCGGCUCCCAGGAUUUCAGCUUUCGGUUGCGAGAUAUUUGGGGGCUGAAGCUCUAAGGAACGACGGAAGGCUUGCACAUCAGCUGAGAUAUGUGCUUCGCAAUAAGAGGACUGGAGAUGUAUACCUGGUCGUCACUUUUGCUUUAUAUCUCGAAGAGUCCAUCAAUGAAGACGGGACCGUGAAGACUGCAAAUGGCGUGAAUGGUAUCACCAAUGGUCAUACCAAUGGCCACACCAAUGGCCAUACCAAUGGACAUGCCAACGGUUACAUGAAUGGAAAAGCAGAGGCCAACCAUCAAGGCAAUGGCAUUGCAAAUGGGGGUAGUUCGGGCGACGAAGAUGUAGACUAG